GUGGGGCUGACCGGGAGCGGGGCGGUCGCGGUGCCGUGCCGAGCUGUACCGUGCCGUGCCACCUCUCGGCGCCGAGGGCGGCUCCGCUCGCCUUCCCUUUGCCCGCGCCCAGCCCUGCGCCAGGAGAGCCGCCGCCGCCGCCGCUCUUUGUGCCCCGGCUCCUGCCUCCUCGCCCGCUGCGCCUGGGCUGCCGAGGAGAUCGCUGCUGCCGGUGCUGCUGCUGUUGGUGUGGCCGGGAGAGGCUCAGGGAGAAGCGGGUCCCGGCGCGGCGGCAGCCAUGGGGCUGCAGCCGCUGGAGUUCAGCGACUGCUACCUGGACAGCCCCUGGUUCAGGGAGCGCGUCAAAGCCCAUGAGGCCGAGCUGGAGAGGACCAAUAAGUUUAUCAAGGAGUUGCUGAAGGAUGGGAAAAACCUGAUCGCUGCCACCAAAAACCUUUCAGCAGCACAGAGAAAAUUUGCCCAUUCUCUAAGGGACUUCAAAUUUGAAUUCAUUGGGGAUGCAGAGACAGACGAUGAGAGAUGCAUAGAUGCAUCACUUCAUGAAUUUUCAAACUUCUUAAAAAACUUGGAAGAACAAAGAGAAAUUUUGGCACUCAGUGUUACUGAAACUCUGAUCAAACCCUUGGAAAGAUUUAGGAAGGAGCAGCUAGGAGCUGUAAAGGAAGAAAAGAAGAAGUUUGAUAAAGAGACAGAGAAGAACUACAGCUUGUUAGAAAAGCAUUUGAAUUUAUCAGCUAAGAAGAAAGAGCUGCAGUUACAAGAGGCAGAUAACCAAGUGGAGCAGAAUAGGAAACACUUCUAUGAGCUGUCCCUUGAGUAUGUCUGCAAGCUGCAGGAGAUACAGGAGAGGAAGAAAUUCGAGUGUGUGGAACCUGUCUUAUCCUUUUUUCAGGGUUUGUUCACCUUCUAUCAUCAAGGAUAUGAGCUUGCUAAAGACUUCAAUCAUUACAAAAUGGCCCUGCAGAUAAACAUACAAAAUGCACGAAAUCGUUUUGAAGGAACAAGGUCAGAGGUAGAGGAGCUGAUGAACAAAAUCAGAAGAAAUCCCCAGGAGCAUAAAAGAGCAAAUCACUUCACGAUGGAAGGCUACCUCUAUGUGCAGGAAAAAAGGCCUGCUCCCUUUGGCUCCAGCUGGGUGAAGCACUACUGCACCUACAUGAAAGAGACAAAGAAGUUCACCAUGAUCCCCUUUGAACACAGAUCAGGAGGGAAAGUUGGUGAUGAAGAGCUCUUUGUCCUUACAUAUUGUACCAAAAGAAAUAUAGACACCACAGACAGGAGAUUCUGUUUUGACUUAGAGGCUUCAGACAGGCCUGGAGUUCCUGUGACCAUGCAGGCGUUUUCUGAGGAAGACAGAAAGCUGUGGAUGGAAGCCCUGGAUGGAAAAGAAGCUCUGCUCAUCAGUGUGACCAGAGCACAGGCCAAACGAGAGGGAAGUGCACAGUUGGAUAAGAUAGGAUUCACCAUCAUCAAGAAGUGCAUCAGUGCUGUUGAAACACGAGGUAUUAAUGACCAAGGACUGUACAGAGUUGUGGGGGUGAGUUCAAAGGUCCAGAGACUUCUGAGUUUGUUGAUGGAUGCAAAAACCUGCAGUGAAGUUGACCUGGAGAGCUCUGUAGAGUGGGAAGUGAAGACAAUCACAAGCGCUCUGAAGCAGUAUCUGCGAAGCCUCCCGGAGCCGCUGAUGACGUUCGAGCUGCACGGAGAAUUCAUCCUUCCUGCCAAAAGCGGGAGUCCUGAAUCGCGGGUUAAUGCCAUCCACUUCUUGGUCCACAAACUGCCAGAGAAGAACAAGGAGAUGCUGGAGAUGUUGGUGAAACAUUUGGCCAACGUUUCAAUGCAUGCCAAGAAGAAUCUGAUGACUGUGGCAAAUCUGGGGGUGAUUUUUGGACCAACCCUAAUGAGGCCACAGGAAGAAACUGUUGCAGCCAUCAUGGACCUCAAGUUUCAGAAUAUUGUUGUGGAGAUCCUGAUAGAAAAUCACGAGAAGAUUUUCAAGACCCUGCCUGAUGCCACUCUCCCCGAGCCAAUCUCUAUGUCAGUAUCUCCUCCAAAUGCCCCACCAAGGCAAUCAAGGCGACAAGGACAGCGCAUUAAGAGGCCUCUGGCUGUUUACAAUCUCUGUCUUGAGCUGGAUGAUGCUGACAGCCACAGCGCUCUCCAAGAAGACACCCCGACUGGCAGUAUGGAUUCUCUCUCAUCCCAGUCUCCAACACCUGCCUUCUCUAGCAGCCCCCCUGGGCUCCUGGAUGGAAACCACCUUAUUAUGGAGAGUGGAGAUCUUGCAGGCUGGGCAACAAAUCUGGCUGGCCAGAGCCGCCCCUCGAUGGUCUCCUGGAUGAAUCCUGCCUCUGGCACGAGUGCCGCACCAGCUGCUUUCUUCUUCCCCAACCCUGCCGCUGGCAGCCACCGAGCCCUGGAAAGUGUUGCCCACCGCAAAGCACGAGCAGUUUACCCCUGCGAAGCAGAGCACAGCUCGGAGUUAUCCUUUCAGAUGGGAGCAGUUUUUGAAGAUGUGCAGUUUUCCAGGGAGCCGGGCUGGCUGGAAGGCACUCUCGAUGGCAAGAGAGGACUCAUUCCACAGAACUAUGUUCAGUUCUUGUAGCGCUGUGCGCCGGGCGCCAGGAGGGUGUACAUGGUAUCCAUGGACUCUGGCGCGGGCGCUUGGCUCGCCUUUUGGGACCGCUUUCAUUCACUGACCAGCUUGGCUAUGGGUUGGAGAUCCGCUGCUGUGUAAAGACUUGGAAGCGCUGCCAAAUACGAACUACAGAGAAAACCCAAAUAAACAAGGACUCUUGAAAGGUUGGAAUGGGGGGAGGGGGUGGCUGGGACGAGGCAGGGGAAGGGAGGGGUGGGUUGAUGUUUUUAAUAGGGUGCUUGUUUCAGCUGUGAGGAGCAGUCGUGGCGUGUUUGUUUGCAAGGUAACUCACAUCUUAAAGUCAAAAGUUGUGCUUAGUCUGCGACCCCACAUUCAGCUGAAGAUUCUUCUGUGCUGGGCCUCGUGGAGGUAGUGCACCAAUGGUCAGCUUCUGCGGACAGAGCCCUGCUGGGGACUGCAGACCACUGUUGGGUGGCCAGGGCUGUCACGCUGGCAAUGCAGUGUUAUUUCCAAGUGGACAGAAGAGACACCAGUAAGUGAAAUGGUCGAGAACAAGACAUGACAUUGCUCAGACGUCCUCCAAGAGCACGCUGGUUGAUGUCGCAUGUGUGGCUUCAUUUAUUCCAUCAAGGUAAGACACAGGAACUUUUAGUACAGGCUCCUGCAUCUCAUAGUUCCUUUGCUACUCCAAAAUAUCACUGUAAAUGAAAUAAAACGUUGUUUGCUA